AUGGUCAACUCGUGUUGUGGCUCCGUCUGCUCUGAGCAGAGCUGUGAAGAGAGCUGCUGCUGCCGGCCCAGCUGCUGCGUGUCCAGCUGCUGCAGACCCCAGUGCUGCCAGUCUGUGUGCUGCCGCCCCAGCUGUUGCCGCCCCAGCUGCUGCCGCCCCAGCUGCUGCCGCCCCAGCAGCUGCUGCCGCCCCAGCUGCUACAUCUCUAGCUGCUGCCGCCCCAUCUGCUGCCGCCCCACCUGCUGCCGCCCGAGCAGCUGCUGCCGCCCCAGCUGCUAUCUCUCUAGCUGCUGCCGCCCCACCUGCUGCCGCCCCAUCUGUUGCAUCUCCAGCGGCUGCCGCCCCAGCUGCUGUGGUUCCAGCUGUUGCCGCCCCAGCUGCUGUGGCUCCAGCUGCUGCCGCCCCAGCUGUUGCAUUUCUAUCAGCUGCUGCCGCCCCUCUUGCUGUGGCUCCUCCUGCGGUGGCUCCAGCUGCUGCUGUCCCAUCUGCUGCCAGACCACCUGCUGCCGCCCCACCUGCUCCAGUGCCUCUUGCUGCUGA